AUGAAGGUGGGCUUGAGGAUGGACUUCAGUGUGCUCCUGGAGCCUCUGGGCUUUGUUAAGAUCCUUGAAUGGGUUUUUGCCAUCUUUGCAUUUGCCACAUGUGGAGGCUUUCAAGGUGAAACUGCUCUUCUAGUUUCCUGUGAAGGUGUGGUAAACAAAACAGUUACAGCUGCUUUUACUUAUCCAUUCAGGUUGAAUACUGUUGUAUUUAGUGCACCAGACCCAAAAGGCUGUGGUGGUACUUGGACUGAUGCCUACCUCAUUGGCAACUUCUCCUCUUCUGCACAGUUCUUUGUUACCCUGGCAGCAUUGGCGUUCCUCUACUGUAUUGCUGCCCUUGUGGUAUAUAUUGGAUAUAACCACGUGUAUCAGCAAAAUAACAAGUUUCCACUUACUGACUUGACAGUCAGUGUCUUGACAGCCUUUCUGUGGCUGGUCAGUACUUUUGUUUGGGCAAAGGCGCUUGCUGGCAUCAAGGUGUCCACAGGAGCCAGCAUUGUUCCAGGAAUUGAAUCUUGCAAAGCACCAGGAACAACUUGCCAUUUUCUUUCUGUGACCAGUAUGGGAAUUCUGAAUGUGUCUGUGGUGUUUGGCUUGCUUAAUAUGAUUUUAUGGGCAGGAAAUGUUUGGCUUGUAUACAAGGACACCAACUUGCACAGCCAAUGGAACAGAAUUUCUGAAAGUCCAACUGAAAGGGUAUAA